AUGCACCACAUUCCAGAAGUACGAGUGCGAUACAUCAAGACCUUCACAGACGUGAUGAGGAGUAUUUCAUGGCGGUAUUCUUCACAAGAGUAUGCGAGCGCAUUGGCGGACUUUGCGUUUGAGCAGCCGAACCUGCAGAAGCUGUUGCUGGAGAUGCAAUACACAACACAGGACACUUACACGUUCUUUAUUCGGAUGGCUACUGAAUCUUCGAAGUUUAUUGAGCGAUAUCUUUCAGGUUAUGCGGAGAAGUUUUAUAGUGAAUGUCACCGCGCAGCUGACAGGUACGGCACAACAAUGGAUAAAGCUGUUAUUGAUCUGGCAGUGGGAAGCUUGUACACUAAUGUCAAGGGAAACUUCAAAGAGGGCUUCAUAAAAUGCAGCGCAGCUCUUCGCAUACUACAACGUGGUGGAAAGUCGCUUCAGCUAGCAACUGCUUAUCAGCGAAUCGGAUAUAACUUGUUGCAUCAGGAUGAAAACGAAGAAGCUAUCAAUAAUUUCAAGAAGUCCUUGGCUAUAUCGAGCGUCUCUGGGAAGCAAUUCAAUUUAAUUGCUAUACAAUCGCUGAACAGUUAAGGAACCGCACUAGCGAAGUUAGGCAAGUAUGUCCUGCAUUAAAAAUGCAAAGAUGCCUAGACGUAGUUUUUGACACACCGAAAAAUAUAGGUAAGUCUUUUGUCUCCUGUUUAUUGGUCUGUUCUAAGUGAUCAACCGUGGACACAAUAUGCACAACCGUUUUUGGGGUUUGUAUAUUUGAAUUAAAUUAAUUAUUUGAUACAACGAUCUAGUGUUAUGGCAUGGCCACGUUUCUUCUGCAAUCUAAAUUUCAGUUUAAAUUUUAAUUAUAACCAACUGCGUAAUUAUUACAGAUAUUCACCAUAAAAUAUUUCUUCACAAUUACUAUAUCAAGGUGCUGACAGAAAAUGUACAUAACACUAUCAACGCCGAAGAAAAGUAGAGCGCGCUGUCGUAGGGCAGAUUUUGGUGUGGAUUAAAUUAUUAUAUAUUAAACAGGCAGAUUCAAAGAAGCCGAGACAUACUACUUCUCUUCGCUUCAAAAAAGUCGAAUUACUCUAGGACAUCAUCAUCCCAAUGUUGGGACGGCGUUGAACAAUAUUGGACGCAUGUACCACCAAAAACAUGACGAAGCGACUGCAAUGAAGUAUUUGCAAAAAGGACUUGAAAUAAAGAAAAAGUCUAAAGCCGCUGAUUUAUCACAAAUUGAUUCUUUGAUUAAUAUUGCGAACACUUACAUUGCCGUUGGCGAACUUGCUAAAGCAACACAGGCUCUGGAAGAAUCUGAGGUAAUUGUAUCAAGGCAAUAUUUUCCUCCACUGUCUGAAAUUGCUACCAUAAAUGAUACGUGGGGCACAGUGUAUUUAAAACAGGGACAAUUGGACAAAGCAGCAGACAUGUUUGAUAAAGCAGCACAGGAACGAGGGACUAUGACAUAUGGUGGUACACCUCACGUGGAAAGCUUGGUCAAUGUGAUAAAAGUUGCCGCCAAGAAGGGCGACUAUCGAAAAUGUAUGCAAAUUGGAAAGCAAGUGUUAUUAUUCAGUGAUAAUGUCCUGAAGCAACGUCCUCAAACCAUUGUUAUAAGUGAUUGCUACGAAUGCCUUGCUAAUGCUUACGAAAAAACAGGCAAUCUAUCCAAGGCAAAAGUUACGUUGGAAAGUUUAAAGUUGGAGUUAACACGACUCGGAAGUCUUCACGAUUGCGAUUCAAAUAACUAUCAACUCUUGGAAAUACAGAAACGUUUGAAGUAUAUCGAGCAUAAUUUACAAUCAGACACAUUCACUAAUGACAAUUAGAGGCAAAGACUUGUUUAAGAGAGACUUUAUUCAGACAAAAUAAUAUAUAAGCAACACAAUACAUAACUUUCAAUGAAAGAUUUGAUAAAGUUUCCAAACUUUGAUUCGACAGAAUUGUGAAGAAAUCUUGACGCUUAUUCUUCGUCUCUCUUCUAUCAGAUAGACGCGCUGAUACUACGGUGUAAACUAAUGACAGUGAAACGGUGCAACGGUAUAUAGGGGAAAUUAUAUGUCCCGUUAAUGACUACACUAUUGACCCGCUUUCAUACUAAACAGGAUUAAAUAUCAUGCAACACAAAUUAAAUUAAAAUAGUAGAAACAAACUACAAAUUGAUUAAGUAUUUUUGCAUAUAUCACGUGUUUACAUGAUUUCAGCCAUUGUGUUAUACAUGUAAAUAAAACGUGAUGCAAACAAAGUCAAAUGCCCGGUUAAAGUUCUUUUAUAGAAAAAGUAAAUAUUUGGAUGUUCGCACUAGGGAAACUUUGCUCAUGUCCCUGGUACAAUGUCAUUUUGAUUAUGUUUGUUCUUUUUGGUACCCUAGUUUGACUCAAGAUUUGAAAACUAGGCUUCAGACUUCCCAAAAUAAAUUGAUCAGAUUUGUCCUAAAUAUGCAUAGCAGGUCUCAUGUUGGUAUUGAACAAUUUAAGUCACUGAACUGGUUACCUUUUUCUAAGAGAGUAGAUCAAUUAACUCUAUGUCAUGUUUAUAAGAUAAAGUCAGACACAUGUCCUUAAUAUCUUAAGGAGCAUUUUGUACCCUUGAAUUUGGCCAUGGCCGAUGUACCAUAUCUAGAGUGUCUGCACUCCCUUUGACCGGUUCACUUGAUAGAAGUUAUUGUUUUUGUGACACUGGGAGAUUUUCUUUACCAAAAGUUGGAAGUUUUGGUAAUAAAUCUUUUGCUUAUAAUGGUAUUGUUCUGUGGAAUAGUCUCCCACAAUCACUUAGGGAUAUGGAAUCUUCCCACUCGUUUAAGCAUGCCAUCAAAACUCACUUAAUGGCCAGUUGAUUUUAUCACAGUCAUUUUAACUUAGCCUUAAUCAUUGUACCUGUUUUAUUGCAGUUUUAAAUGAACAUUGACCAUGUUUCACUUUACUGCAUAUUGAUCGUCAAUCAUUGCAUUUUUUAAUCAAUACGUAAU